CGAGACCUUCAACAACUUUUUUCUCGCACGAACUCGACGAAGUCAUCGGCAUACUAGCUAGUACUGGUACUGUACCUGGCUUGAAAGCACUGCUCAGAACUGAUCAGAAAAGAAGUGUAGCUCCCACAACUUGUUUUUCGAGUACUGACAAUUGUUAACUUGAAGCGCUCACCUCAGACCCCUCGGAAGAGUUCCAUUCUUUGCUUGCUUUGACGCAUCGGAUACCCCAGCCAACAAUAUCUUUAAAUCUAUAUUAGCAUCAUGGAUCCCCACAGCGUUUCUACCACGGGAGACUUUUCCACGUCCACUGCUGGACGCAGUCGAAGUAGACGAGGCCAAGGAGCUCGUUUCAUGGUCACCGAGUCUCUUAUGGAUGUCAGCGUCAACUACCAAAUUGACGAUACAGAACUCGGGGUUGGUCUCUACGGCACAGUCCGGAAAUGCAAACAUCGUGAAACGGGUAAAUGGUGCGCCGUGAAAUCCAUCAAGAAGAACAAGGUAUCCGAAAUUGAAACCCUCAAACGAGAAAUCACCAUUCUACAGCAAGUCAAACAUGACAGCAUUAUCCGACUCAUUGACGUCUACGAAGACGAACGGUAUUUGCAUCUCGUGACGGAACUAUGUACGGGUGGAGAAUUAUUCGAUCGAAUCAUUGACAAAUUCGAAUCCGACGAGGGACACUUUGCCGAGUUUGAAGCCGCCAAACUCAUUCACAAUGUCAUGGAUGCCAUCCGGUACUGUCACAGCCUCGGGAUUGUCCAUCGCGAUUUAAAACCAGAGAACUUUCUCUUUUUGACUCCGGCGGAUGAUUCCCCCAUCAAGAUUAUUGAUUUUGGACUCUCGCGGCACGAUGAUGUCAAGGGUGGGGUCAUGAGCACCCGAGUGGGGACCCCCUAUUAUGUAGCACCCGAAGUCUUGCGACAAAAAUACACCAAAGCUUGCGAUUGUUGGAGUCUCGGUGUCAUUGCCUACAUUCUGUUGUGCGGAUAUCCACCAUUUGCCGGUGACGAUGAUGUAGAAGUGUUUGAAUCCGUCAAAACCGGAGAGUUCGAUUUCCCAUCGCCGGAAUGGGAUGAAAUUUCGGAUGCUGCCAAAGAUUUUGUAGUCAGUCUGCUGCAAAAGGAUCCAGACGAAAGACUAACGGCAGAAGAUGCACUGAAACAUCGUUGGUUCCAAGAACAACUGGACGAAGACACCAUUCAUGUCAAAUCCAACCACGUUAUUUCUGCUCACAGCCGUCGUAUGGUGGCCAACUUUUCCGAGUACUUGGCCAAGCAGAGACUGAAGAAAGUUGCACUGAAUUUCAUUGCCAAUGACUUGACCGAAGUUGAAACGGAGCCAUUGCUGGAGAUCUUUGAAAAGAUUACCAAGAGUGAUGAGGAUAUCAUCACUGUCGAGGAAUUGGAUGAUGCCAUUGAACUCGGCGACUUUACCCCCAGCAUCAAGGAGGAGUUGACCACCUUACGCGACAACCUGGACAAAAAAGGCUCUAACAGUGUGAAUUGGAAAGAGUUUUUGGUGGCCCUGAUGGAUAAGAAUAUUGCGAAACGCGAAGAGAACAUUCAAAAGGUGCUUCGACGGUUUAGCAAGGGCGGAAAGACACACUUGGCUUUGGACGACGUGGCCAAUCUGUUUGGUGGCGAAGACGCCGCAAAGGAGAUUUUUGACUAUUUGGACAAGAAGGGUGAAGGCCUGAUUAGUUUGAAAGAUUUUCAAAUGGCGGUGGAACAGAGUUUGGAUGAACCGGAUGAUUCCCACCAUGACGACUAUGGCAGUGACGAUGAAUUUGGACACGACGAUGACGAGUAA